AUGGUCUUAGAACUGCCUCAACGCUUCCAAUUUACCAAGAUCUCGCUUCCAACUCGGGUUCGUGCGAUUCCACUGCGUACCCAAACUCCAGUUUUCCUGAAUCACGAUUCCUUAGCGAUUCCGUGCGCUUCCGGUUCCGAUUCCGAUUCCGAAGCGGGAAUCGUGUGUUCAUUAGCGCUUCCGUGCAUUGUAUCUGAUACAAACAGGAAGAGAAUAGCAGUCCAAACACAGAAAUUAAACAACAUUAGCAAAGAGAAGAAUAGUCAACAAUCCGAUUGA